CUUAGUGUGUGCUUUUUGUUAAUUUCCAGUACUUUGUGUAAGUAAACAAUACGCGAGAACGCUCAUCUGUCUGAAUGACUGAUGACGGAAGAUUUGGAUGGCAGCGAGGAAAUGUUUGAAAUGUCCUCUAGAGAUGACCGCAGUGACGGCAGGUCAAGUCUCGAGGGGGAAUUAUUGGAAUUAUGGAUGAGAAAAUCUACCAUGAGCUUUGACUGAGCACGUAAAACAUGGAGAUAUGGCAUAUGGAAAGUUUUUUUAGACAAGGCUUUACUAAAACAUUCUGAUUGGUCAAGGAUUUAAUUUUGGUCACUCACUGCAUAAGAAAGCAAUUAUAUGGCAAGGGAAAGUAUUUGUGUAAGAUUGCAGGGAGGAAAUUUAAGAGAGAGGGUGGUGGGGACAGAUGGAGCUGAUUAUGAAAGUGAACCGCAAACCUUUGUCACUUUUGUUACUGAAACUUAGCUAGCUUUACCAGAAUUAGGUGUUGGGGGUUCUAUUGGAUUCUACUGCCCCCUAUACAACAAUUACCAGCAGCUGUCAUUUUUGGAAGAACAUAUACAACACUAUAAUGUGUCCAUCACACAGACUGAAAAUUGGAUUGAUAUAAUCUUCAGGUCAUUCAUUGAGUAUUUCCAUGGAGAGGAUUUGCGCAGAUGAAGACAACAAGUUAUGGAAAUGAACAACCAGCUAUUACUUUGGCAGUUAGAGUUGUUUGCUGGGGCUGGUGACCUGAUUGACAUUAAGGGCAUCUCUCAUGUGACAGUGAAGAAACUCCACUGUGUGCCAACCCACCAGCUGUGUGGCUGACCUGUUACCCUGCAAUGCGACGGCCAUCCAGUGCCUUUCACAGCUUACGUCCAGCAUGGGCCACCAGAGGACUCCAGAUCCCUGACCUAAGCACUCAUAAACAUACCUAUUUAUGUCUCUGGCUACUGUUGUCUACUGUAAGCUUCCUGUGCCUUUUCCCUGCCACCUCUGCUGCCACCGUUAGGGUUGGGGUGGUGGGUCCUUGGUCAUGUGACCCCCUCUUUUCUAAAGCCCAGCCUGGCGUGGCUGCGCAGUUGGCUGUGGAUCACAUAAACAGGGACCCUUACCUCUCACAAGGCAUCACGUUUGAUUAUGUCAUCCUGGAGGAGGACUGUGAGACGUCCCAGGCUUUUUCCCGUUUCCUCGGUUUCUACAAACGGGCGUCUGGGUUUAUUGGUCCAGUGAACCCAGGUUACUGUGAAGCUGCCUCUCUGCUAGGAAAGAGUUGGAAUAAGGCAGUGUUUUCCUGGUCUUGUAUUGGACAUGAGUUGGAUGACGCCCGUAGUCACCCUACGUUUGCCCGGACCAUGCCCCUACCCUCCCUUGUCCUGCUACGCUUCAUGCACCACUUUCGCUGGGCACAUGUGGGCAUCAUUACAUCAGCAGAGGAUGCCUGGUUUGAGGCGGGUAUAAAGCUGGCCAAUGCCCUGCGGAGUCAUGGGAUGCCUGUUAGCAUUGUGGCAUCUGUUCGUAAUGACCACACCAGCAUGCGCAAGACCCUGGCCAAAGUCAAGAAAGUAGCAGAUCUCCACUUGGUCAUCCUCGUUAUGCACUCGGUGUUGAUUGGUGGAGGAACCCAGAAGUUGCUGUUGGAGACAGCUUAUGACAUGCGGAUGACAGACGGCUCGCUGGUGUUUUUAUCUUACGAUACACUCUUUUACAGUCUGCCCUACCAUCAUGUAGCCCAGCCUGCCCUGCGCAAAAACAGCAAGCUGCUACGAGCCUACGAUGCCGUGCUCACCAUUACUAUAGAGUCUCCACAGGAACAGUCUUUCUACCAAGCUUUUGAAAAGGCCCAGGAGCAAGGAGAGCUUCCCAGGAACCUUAAACCACAGCAGGUGUCCCCAUUGUUUGGCACCAUCUACUCUUCCAUCAUGUUCAUGGCUCAUGCUGUGCAAAGUGUCAGGGCUUCAGGUCAGUGGAUGUCUGGGGGGAACAUCGCCCAGAAUGCCCGAAACCUGCUAUUCAAAGGUUUUAGCCUACAAGCAAACUUUUCUGACUUUGGCACGCUGGACUAUGUGGUGCUGGACACAGAUGGCUUUUCUUGGGAGUUGCAACCUACAUACCAUAUUGAGAUGCAGACAGAUAUGGUGCGUUUUCUGGGACGGCCGAUUCAUUUCCCCCCAGCUGGACCACCAAAAACCGAUUCCAGCUGCUGGUUUACACAUGGGAUCAUCUGCCGUGGAGGUGUGAAUCUUUUACACAUGGUUUUACUCUUCCUGUCUGGUUUUCUGUUCAUCUUCUUCUCAAUUGGUUGUUCUUACUGCAUCAGGCGUAAAAUUAGUAAGUUCCGAAUGGUGCGGGGUCCGAAUAAGAUUUUACUGACUUUAAAUGAUGUCACAUUCAUCAACCCAUCCCUGAGCAAUAAGAAGCUGAGCUUGGAUGACAGCAAGGCCAGUGACUCAAGAAUGAGCAUUUCAGAGCGAAGCCUCAAGUCUCCAUUGUCUAUUCAGUCGCCAGCCACCUACGAAAAUUCUAAUGUUGUCAUUUAUGAGGGUGAUUGGGCAUGGCUCAAAAGGCUGCCAUAUGGAAAUUUCCGGAGCAUCACUCCUAAUACCAGUGAUGUGUUUGAACUGAUGAAAGAUAUGAGGCACGAGAAUGUUAACCCCUUUCUCGGCUUCUUCCAUGACUGUGGAGUGUUUGCCAUAGUAACAGAGUAUUGUUCGCGCGGCAGCUUGGAAGAUCUGUUGCUCAAUGAUGACGUCAAACUGGACUGGAUGUUCAAGUCCUCCCUCAUUCUAGACCUCAUCAAGGGUAUGAAAUAUCUUCACCACAGGAGCAUCUGUCAUGGACGGCUUAAAUCCAGGAACUGUGUGGUCGAUGGGCGUUUCGUGCUCAAAAUCACAGACUAUGGCUACAACGAGGUGUUGGAAGCUCAGAGAUUUCCUUAUGUUGAACCUCCAGCUGAAACCCUUCUGUGGACCGCCCCUGAGAUACUGAGAGGGCCCCAUCCUGGUCUGUUUGGCAGUCACCCUGGUGAUGUGUACAGUUUCUCAAUCAUCAUGCAAGAAGUGGUCAUGCGAGGGCCUCCAUUCUGCAUGCUGGAGAACUCUUUUGAUGAUAUUAUCCAGAAGAUCCGGAAGCCUCCUCCAAUGUGCCGGCCCAUUGUGUCCCCGGAUCAUGCUCCCAUGGAGUGUAUUCAGCUUAUGAAGCAGUGCUGGAACGAACAGCCAGAGAAGAGACCCACAUUUGAUGAAAUCUUUGACCAGUUCAAGAAUGUUAAUAAAGGGAAAAAGACCAACAUCAUAGAUUCCAUGUUACGAAUGCUGGAGCAAUAUUCCUCCAACCUGGAGGAGCUGAUCAGGGAAAGGACAGAGGAGCUGGAAAUAGAGAAACAAAAGACUGAGAAACUCCUCACACAAAUGUUGCCCACGUCAGUGGCAGACGCUCUGAUGGUGGGCACUACAGUCGAACCAGAGCAUUUUGACAGUGUCAGUCUGUAUUUCAGUGAUAUUGUUGGCUUCACCACAAUCUCAGCCAACAGUGAGCCCAUAGAGGUGGUCGACCUCCUCAAUGAUCUUUACACAACAUUUGAUGCUGUAAUUGGCAAUCAUGACGUCUAUAAGGUGGAGACCAUUGGUGACGCUUACAUGGUGGCAUCGGGUGUGCCCAUGCCCAAUGGGAACCGACAUGCAGCCGAGAUUGCAAACAUGGCCCUGGACAUCCUGAGCGCUGUUGGCACCUUCAAAAUGAGACAUAUGCCUGAUGUACCAGUCCGCAUCCGAAUAGGACUUCACACAGGUCCCUGUGUGGCCGGUGUAGUGGGUUUGACCAUGCCACGGUACUGUCUGUUUGGGGACACAGUCACCACUGCUUCCAGGAUGGAGUCUAUGGGAUUGCCAUACAGAAUCCAUGUCCAUUCCAGUACAGUGAAGGUCCUGAUGGAGCUGAAAUUGGGGUACAAAGUAGAGCUGAGAGCCAGAACAGAACUCAAGGGCAAAGGUGUAGAAGAAACCUACUGGCUCACCGGGAGAGAUGGCUUCACCAAACCGCUCCCCGUGCCGCCCGUACUCAAGUCAGGACACGAAUCAAAAGAUUUUAAGGUGAUGCUUAAGAAGGCAGUGAGGAAGAUCUCCACCGUGCGUCAGGUGGCUCAGAUCACCCUAGCCGAUGAGGGCAAUGUCAUGAUCCACCAUCACUGAUGACCUUUAACCUUUGCCUUUUUGACCCCACACCUGCACGCAGAAUGAAAUGGAAGAUGGAGAAACAGAGUUCUGUUCUCAGCCUGUUUUUCUUUUAAAAGCGCCUGAAUGGGCAAGCUUGUGUGGACAGUUUACACCUGUCUGAGAAGCCGCAUAUCUCUAUUCUCUACAUGAAGCACCCUUAUUGAAAUGAACCAAAGUCUCACAAGGAGCUAAAUUUACCCCGUGGGAAUCCAUUACUCUGCACGAGGGGCGCCAAGUCCGACUCAACACAUACAGUGCAUUCACAUCAUUCACUUGCAGAUUAUCCCUUUUAGUAAACAUGUUUGUGACUAAAGAAAAUAGUAAAUUUAGUAUUGCGAUAAACUAUUGUGCAACCAGCAUUAAUGUGGUGGUUAAUAUGGUGCAUGUGGUUCUAUGAUGAUCUAUAAUUUUAGAUUUAGAUUUAGAGUUCAGUUUUACCGUGGGAUUUUAGUUGAUUUUGUUUUUCUUUUUGUGAAACUGUUUUCCUCAUAGAUGAUCAAUUAGCAUAAACCAUAAUAGGAUUACCAUGAAAACCUAAAGAAUGUCAAAAUAUGUAUUAGAAUGCAUAUUUGCAACGCAUGAAUGCGUCGUGGUGGUUGUAGAAUCAGAUUUAGUUUUGGUAAAGAAGUAAACUAUGAUGUGUAUGUACAAGUUCAAACGUUUGGGGUCAGUUUUCAAAAGAAGAUUUUUAUCCUCACUAAGGCUGCAUUUAUUUAUCAAAAAUACAGUAAAAUAAUAGCAAAUAUUAUCACAAUUAAAAUUGCUUUUCUAUUAUAUGUUCAUUUAUUCCUGUGAUGGCAAAACUUUCAGCAGUCAUUAAUCCAGUCUUCAGUGUCCUUCAGAAAUCAUUCUAAUAUGCCAAUUUGGUGCUCAAGAAACAAACAGUUGUGCUGCUUAAAAUUUAAAAUUUGUGGAAACCAUGAUUUAUUUUUCCAGUAUUUUUUGGUAAAUAAAAUGUUCAAAAGAACAGAUUUUAUUUGAAAUAGAAAUCUUCUGUAACAAUGUAAAAGUCUUUACUGUCAUUUUUGAUUGAAUUUAAUGCAUACUUGCUAAAUAAAUCUUACUGACAGUAAGCUUUUGAACAUUAGUGUAUA